UAGCCGCAGACCUUAGUAUUCGCGAAACGCUAGCAGCAAGCGCUGCGCAGGACACCCAUUUUCCCCAAGAUGAGCGGAAAGCAUCCUUCGGAGAUGGAAGCCGCAUUGACGGAGAAAUCCCCUUCGAAAAGUCCCAACACCACAGUGCUGACAGAACUAACGCGUCACGCUGCUAUGAAGCAGAUUGUAAUGGCCGUGGUGGCCAACAUAACCAUAAUUUCAUCAGGGAUGGGCAUUGGAUUCCCCUCCAUUGCUAUGAUUGAGCUGACCAACUCUACGUCGUCGGUUGUGCUCUCAGAAUCGAAUGCCACUUGGUUUGCAUCCAUCACAUCAAUCAUGUGUCCGUUCGGGGGUCUUCUUUCCGGCUAUCUGCUGGACAAGGUUGGUCGUAAGAAAACGUUGUACUUUAUCAACAGCAUAUCGAUCGUGUCGUGGGCCAUUAUGUCAUUUGCCAGCCGAACGGACAGCACUGCCCUGUUUAUCCAGCUUAUCGUGGCCCGUAUUAUUAUAGGUAUCGCGAUAGGCUUAUCUAGCACUCCUGCCUCGGUGUACGCCGCGGAGGUAGCACAUCCCAACCUGCGAGGUCGCUUGACACUUCUAACUGCUUUCUGUACCGCAAUCGGAAUGCUUAGUAUCUAUACGCUCGGCUACUUGUUCAAGAGCGACUGGCGAUUCGUGUGCGCUAUAUGUGGUAUCUUCACGGUCGUUUCACUACUUACCGUUCUGCCCCUGCCUGAAUCACCGAGUUGGUUGGUGAGCAAAAAGCGGAUGAUCAAAGCAGAGCGGUGCCUGAAAGUAGUGCGUGCCAUCAAGGAGGAUAACCAUCCGGAGAUUCGUGCAGAGCUGGAUGCACUCGAAGACAACAUUGCGCGCUUCCGGUCAUCGCAAACUAAAAAGUCGAAGAUAGAUCAGUUGAAGAAGCCAGAAGUUUACAAACCGCUCGCCAUCAUGUGCACGUUCUUCUUCUUCCAACAAUUCACCGGUAUCUUCGUUAUCAUUGUUUACGCUGCUAGCUUUUCCAUCGAGGCGGGUGUGGCCAUCGACCCCUUCCUGAGCGCCGUAUUCGUUGGUUUGACCCGCGUCGUUACCACCGUACUGAUGUCUUUCAUAUCAGAUAAGUUUGGACGACGGCCGCCAGCACUGUUUUCGGGCUUCGGAAUGGCAUGCUGCAUGUUCGGCUUGGCGCUGUGUGCCAUAUACCCCGUAAAGGGUACAACACUCGGUUGGGUUCCGACCGUUCUGUUGGUAGCAUUUAUUUUCACUGCCACCCUAGGCUUCCUGACAUUGCCAUUUUCAAUGAACGCCGAAGUUUAUCCCACUAAAAUCCGCGGUUUUGCGUCGGGUCUGACGAUCUUCUUUGGCUACACUAUGUCGUUUAUCAUUAUCAAAGUGUAUCCUUCGUUGGUUGAAACGAUAGGCAAUGCGAACGUGUUCAUCAUGUUCGGCUGUCUUUCGGUGCUCGGCAUUGCGUUCGUUUACUUUUUCUUGCCGGAAACGAAAGGGCGCACCCUUGAAGAGAUCGAAAACCGCUUCCGCGGCACGGGGGUUCCUGGCAAGGAGGUUGAAAUGACAACGAUUCUGAAGCCAACUAAAAUGCAAAAUGUAUCGGGGUAGCCACUUGUAAACCGAUACCAGCGACCAAAACUUACGCGAACGAACAACUCAUUCAGACGAAGAACUGUGAUAAGGCGCCUGUACAUUAUUGAUAAU